UUUCAAGGAAACCUUCCAUUGUCUUUGCCUUCAACGCCCUGGUGGCAUUAUCUUGUAAUCCGUUUCGCCUUCAUCCCUACCUUCUCUCUGAAUUCUUUGAGAAACCAAGAGCAGGCCUCUUCACUCGUUUAAAUUAUCAAUUUCUUAAGCAAAUAAUGUUCUCCAAGCUUGUGUUCUUUUCCUACCUUGCGUUGUUUUCGCUAGGCUUUGCCAAUGCAUUUCCAUCUGGUGAACAUGGUGCUAUAGCCCGUCGCCAAUCAGCAACAUCUUCUAGCCUUGUUAUUCCCCCUGCAGUCACCACAACGAUGUCUAUCCAAACUGCAAACGGUCCAAUGAACGAGACUUGCGUCCUCACAUUCACCCCCGUUGGCAACCAAAUCCAGGAGGUCCAGAAUUGCACCAUGUCGACGGGCGCGAAUGUCGUAUCUAGCAUGGUUUUCAAUCCAGUCUCUACAAGCAGUGUUGCGUCUACUUCAACCAGCGCUUCUAUGUCUGCGACCCCUACCGUUCAAGCUGCGUUCUCCAUGCCUGGGAGGUCAAUACAGGUGUUACCGGUGGGACUUGGAGUGUUUGGCAGCAUCACGGGUAUCACCAUCAUUAUCGUAGCUUUGGUUACUCUUGAGCGUGUUCGUUAUCGCAGGGUCUUCAGGGAGCGUAGACUAGCCGAGCAGGGCGCUAUGAUGGGUUACACGGGCAACUCAAUUGAUUACAAGGUCUAGGGUAAUGCGGAUCUACAAAUCUGUCACCCUUAGUCUUUUCAUUUCGUUAAUGACUGGUUCUUGUUUAUCAAAGCUAGAGCUGUCA